UUCCGACUCUUUACCCUGCUUUGCUUCUUCUUUUUUCCGUAACACUUAUUUUCUAACAUGUCAUCUACUUAUUGUGUUUAUCGUACAGGUAGUCCGACUUAUUGCAUAUUCGAGUUACAACGAACUGUGCUUACAACCGUCCCUUCUUUUUGAUAUGUCCUAUUGUUAGUAAUAUGUACUACAUACAGUGUUGUAGCAUGUACUUUGCUGAUGUUAUCAUUCUCAUGCCAGCCCCUAAAGACAUACAGAUCAGACUUACAAAGAUACUGAUAAUAAAAGGCAAUAAUAAUGAAAACUAAAAAAUAAUGAGGUAUCCGACUUAGGUCAGAACCAACUUAGGACAGAAUCGUCAGAACGGAACCCUGUCUUAAGUUGGGGACUACCUGUAUUUUCACCCCAGUAGACUCUAAGCUUCGGGACGGUAGGGAUUUUUGUUUGUUUACUAAUGUGUUCCAGUAAUGCUUGGUACAUAUUUGGCCCUCAAAAAAUCUUUGCCCAAUGAAUUAAUGAGCGAUAGUAUUUUUGAAACGAAUCAUCUUUUCAGAAAUGGGUAAGUAGAAGAAGAUGUAUGAAAAUUGCGACAAUAAAUAUGGAUGUUUGCCUGCUGUUCUUUGUGUUUUACAUAUAUAUGUACAUACAUACACACAUACAUAUGUAUGUACUUAUACAGGUAUUUUUUAAGGCAUAGUUUGGUAACCUAAAUUUUUUAUUUAAUAACUUCGUUGAGGUAUAAUUUACAUACCAUAAAAUUUAUCUAUUAUAAUUGUACAAUUUAGUGAUUUUUAGUAAAUUUAUAGAAUUGUGCAACCAUCAUCCCAAGUAGUUCCGUUGGGUCCAUUUGCAGUUAAUCCCCGUCACCUCCCAUGUUACCGUUAUUUUAUUCAAUAAUUUUUGGCCUCCAAGUCUUGAAAGAGUAGUUCAUACAGCAAUAGUAAUAUAGCUUUGUGCUCUCAAAAAUUAUAAAUUUAAAUAUGAAAUUAUCCGUUGGUUAAUCUAGGAAAUAAUAUGGAACUUUAGUUAAAAGAAUGAUAUUGAGAAUCACACCAGCUGCACUCUUAUCCAGGUCUGCCAUUUACCAAGUUACCCAAACUGUUUUUGCCUCAAUUUCUUCAUCUGUUUAAUGGGAUAAUAGUAGUAAUUAGAUCACAGAGUUGUUGUGAUGAUUAACCAGAUAAGAGAAGUCAACUGCUUGCAGCACAGUGGCUGCCGUAUAGUAAAUACUCAAAACAUUAGCUAACGUGAUUCAUCUCUUAGAGUAGGUCCAGAAUGUAUGGGGGUCAGUAUCCUUGCAGGUAGAGAGCAAAAUCCAAAUCAGACUCUAAGCUUUUUUGAAGUUUGUACAGGAUGUAAUCCUGCUCCUGUCUUGGUUUGUAAAUAACGUAUGAGAUUGUAAAAGCAAGUUAAUUUCCAACAGAGAACAUCAUUUCCCAGCAUUUUUAUUUGGAAGUAUCUGCAGCGUCACUCGACUGGAUUUUCUCUACUCAUCUUUGGCAUCUUUGACACCAUAGAAGUAAUCACCCACUUUUUUGUUGAAACCGCAGUGACCAUCAGAAGGUGUUCUGUAUUGUCUUAAUCUUCUGCUGGGAUACGCUAUAAGUGAGAUUUCCUCCCAGUGAGAGGGGGAAGCAUUUUCAUUGUACCUCUUGUAGCCUGAGAAGCCUGAACAAAAUUAUCUUUAAUAAGGUCUUUUUCUGCUUUUUGUUCUUUUCUUUUAUGUACAGAUGCACAAAGCAGGGUCAUCAGAAGACUCCUGAUUCAAAAGAUGAUAAUAUCGAAAAACACUGCCCAGUGACAGUGAAUCCUUGGCACAUGAAGAAAGCUUUUAAAGUCAUGAACGAAUUAAGAAGUCAGAAUUUGCUGUGUGACGUCACAAUUGUGGCCGAAGACAUGGAAAUCUCUGCUCACAGAGUGGUACUGGCCGCCUGUAGUCCUUAUUUUCACGCCAUGUUUACAGGUGAGAUGAGUGAGAGCCGAGCCAAGAGGGUUCGAAUAAAAGAGGUCGAUGGCUGGACCCUGAGGAUGCUGAUUGAUUAUGUUUACACUGCAGAAAUUCAGGUUACAGAAGAAAAUGUACAGGUACUUCUUCCAGCAGCUGGUCUGUUACAGUUACAGGAUGUGAAGAAGACUUGCUGUGAAUUUUUGGAAUCCCAGCUUCAUCCUGUCAACUGCUUAGGAAUCCGGGCCUUUGCGGACAUGCACGCAUGCACAGACCUCCUGAACAAGGCCAACACCUACGCAGAACAACAUUUUGCAGAUGUUGUACUCAGCGAAGAGUUCCUGAAUCUUGGCAUAGAACAAGUGUGCAGCUUAAUCUCCAGUGACAAACUUACCAUUUCCUCAGAAGAGAAGGUAUUUGAAGCAGUAAUAGCUUGGGUGAACCAUGACAAGGAUGUACGGCAAGAGUUUAUGGCUCGGCUGAUGGAACACGUACGCUUACCUUUGCUUCCUCGGGAAUAUUUAGUCCAGAGGGUUGAAGAGGAAGCCUUGGUCAAGAACAGCAGCGCUUGCAAAGAUUACCUCAUUGAAGCUAUGAAGUAUCACUUGUUGCCAACAGAGCAACGUGUAUUAAUGAAGAGUGUCCGGACUCGGCUGAGGACACCCAUGAACCUUCCCAAGUUGAUGGUGGUGGUCGGAGGCCAAGCCCCAAAGGCUAUCCGGAGUGUGGAGUGCUAUGACUUUAAAGAGGAACGGUGGCACCAGGUAGCAGAGUUACCUUCCAGGAGGUGCAGGGCAGGGAUGGUGUACAUGGCUGGGCUUGUUUUUGCGGUCGGUGGCUUUAAUGGGUCCUUAAGAGUCCGCACUGUAGACUCCUACGACCCCGUGAAGGAUCAGUGGACCAGUGUGGCUAACAUGCGAGACCGGAGAAGCACUUUGGGAGCUGCUGUGUUAAAUGGGUUAUUGUAUGCUGUAGGAGGUUUUGAUGGGAGUACAGGUCUGUCGUCUGUGGAGGCGUAUAACAUCAAGUCCAACGAGUGGUUUCACGUAGCCCCAAUGAACACAAGGAGGAGCAGUGUGGGCGUAGGGGUUGUUGGAGGUCUGCUCUAUGCUGUCGGUGGUUAUGACGGAGCCUCACGGCAGUGUCUCAGCACAGUGGAAUGCUAUGAUGCCGUAACAAACGAGUGGACCUAUACAGCAGAAAUGAGCACCAGACGGAGCGGAGCAGGUGUUGGUGUGUUAAACAACUUAUUGUAUGCUGUAGGAGGUCAUGAUGGCCCUUUAGUACGAAAAAGUGUUGAAGUGUAUGAUCCUACCACCAAUGGGUGGAGGCAGGUGGCAGAUAUGAACAUGUGUAGAAGAAAUGCAGGGGUUUGUGCAGUUAAUGGUCUGUUAUAUGUAGUUGGAGGGGAUGAUGGCUCCUGUAACUUGGCAUCGGUGGAAUAUUAUAACCCAACAACUGAUAAAUGGACAGUUGUGUCAUCUUGUAUGAGCACAGGGAGAAGCUAUGCAGGGGUCACAGUUAUUGAUAAACCAUUAUGAGCCUGAAGGACAUUUUCAGCAUGUUCCUACAUGAGAAGCAAUCUUCAGCAAGUAUUUCUCAAGUGACUGAGAAUCUAGCACUUCUCCACUGGUAGCUGCACUUAAGUCUCAGCAGAGGGUAAGAUCGUCUGCCUUUAUAGGCCUCGGAUACUGAAGAUUAUUUUUGGUAGAAGCACCGUGUAGGCUUUUUCUGCAAUGAGCGGCAGCUGACGGAAUUUUAAUAAGAAACCUGGACUGCAGGACUUACUCUGUAGUCUUUAGACAACAGUUGCUUCCAUAAAGACUGGUUAUUAUCAACCUUGAAUGACUAUGGAUUAUUUUGUGAAGGAGAAUAAAGUAACGUGUGUUCUUGUAAAAUUAAAUUUUAUCUUUAUUCCUUCUCCUGAAAAUCUGUAUAUCCAAGAACUGAAAAUCUUGGGACAAGUAUUAGAAUCUGUGUAAGUAUACAAACUAGUUGAGGGAUAAAACUGUUUGCCUUUAUAAAACAUAUUUGAUUACAUGAGUAUCAUAAAUUGUGUGCAUAUAAAUGCGUGUCUAUAUGCUUUCCUGUUAGUAUGUUUGAAAAGAUGUUUGAAACUUGAUUCUACUAUUUAUAAUUGGCACAGUACUUUGAAUUAUGCCAGUACUACAUUGUAAAACAGAGUUGUAUUUUUUGAUAUUUAAAAUGCUUAACACUUUAAAAUGCCACUUCCGAGGAAUGAACAUGGUAUAACACACUUGAAUAUGUGUGAUGCCAAACUUUUUAAAAUAAAAUAUAAAUUAUGCGUAUUUAUUAUUUUCUUUUGUUUAAUCUUGGCCAUGUUUUGGUGUGUAUUUUUCAUUUUUUUCUUAAAGUGACACAUUGGCAUGAACAUUACUGCAGGUUUUUGAUGAAUAUAUGAAUGUGCAGCUCAACUGAAUUUGCAUGGUUUUACAAAUUUUUUCUGUGUGUACAAAUUUAGCUGCUAUAACAGAAGAGAGAACUUUCUGUGAGUAGCCAUGUGCAUUGAUCAGAUGUAAUUUCUCUGAGAUCUUCAAUUAAUCUCACUUUUAAAAUGACCAGAACAUGUCUUUCUUGAAUUAUCUUUGAAUAAAAAUUUGUAUAUUA